GGUGUGUUUUGUAAGGAUAAAUUUGAGUUGCUCGUCGGAACUAUUUGAGAGGCUGGACGCGCUUCCGGAAGCUGUCAGCUGUGAAUACCGCAUCCACUGCAAUGAGUUUUGAGUGGCCCUGGCAAUAUAACUUCCCACCGUUUUUUACGCUACAGCCCAAUGUUGAUACGAGACAGAAACAGCUGGCGGCGUGGUGUUCGCUGGCUCUGUCUUACUGCCGACAUCACAAGCUCUACACCCUGGACGUCAUGGAGGCCCAGGAAAGCCCCGUGUUCAACAACAAGAAGAUAGAACGAAAACUGUCAAUGGAAGCGAUUCAAGUUGUUUUUGAGGAACUGAGGAAAAAAGGGAACCUGGAGUGGUUGGACAAAAACAAGUCUCGGUGUUUAGUCAUGUGGAGACGACCGGAGGAGUGGGGCAAGUUAAUAUACCAGUGGGUUUCCAAAAACGGGAUGGUCAACUCUGUGUUUACACUUUACGAGCUGUCCAACAGUGAUGAUACGGAAGGUGAAGAGUUCCACGGUUUAGAAGAGUGGAUGCUGCUGCGCUCGUUGCAGACGUUACAGACAGACGGUAAAGCCGAGAUCAUCACCAUGGAGGACGGAAAGGGGGUCAAAUUCUUCUGAAGCGGUGCUGGAAUCACACACACUCUGUCUGGGAGCCGUCAUACUGUACCUUAACGACAAAUUUUAAUAAUUAGCCCUUUGAGGCUACACACGGUGCACCUCAAUGCUCAGCCCAGAGGAUGAUGGUCCUGCGGUUGUUGUUGCCUUUUGUUAUUGGAGGAAUACUAUGUCUAAGUGUUUUCAGGGGGGGAAGUAUUUUAGGUGACGCUUUGUUUAAAGCUGUCACUCUCUUUGGGGGGUAACAUCUGUUGCCAAUUUAAACAUGCAAUGAGUCUUAUCAGGGUUAUCGUGUCUGAAUAUUCUUGGGGAAAGUCUCUCCCCACCAGCUGUAACUGUACUCUGUCUUUACUGUAAAUAGGUUUAUCCAGAUUUCCCCUCUUGAUAAAUUUCAUGGGGUAUAAUUAGCUCCGGACCAUCGUGCCCGGCUGUUGUUCCUCCCUUUCAACCAGGCGUCCCAAAGAAAUCCCAGAACACAACACCAGGGGGACUUUUAUUUUUACUUUGAGAACAAAUGCUUCCAGAAGAGGAUCACCACAGAGGACUCGGACCGCCAAUCCUGGCUCGACUCGGCUGAGCGUAAUAAAAAUAGUGGACUUCAUGUACAGAUCGCUGUCAUCCUCUUAUUGUGCAGUAGCUACUGUGACACUCCUGUUAUCCUCUCUCUUUCUGUGUAUAUCCAACCUCUUUUUUUCAUAUCCUGUAGAAAAAAAUAAAGAGAAAUUUGCUAAACUG